AUGGUCACAUCAUCAGGACAUCUAUAUAAGUACAAGUGCCCCGGAUGUAGUUCCGGGAAUUACGUUGAUUCGACUCUGCGUCUCCUCAAGGUCAGGGCCGAUUCUCACAUGGACUUGAGUUAUCGUACUGGCUGCAGAUUAUGUGGAAUUGCGGGUGAAGGUGUCUCCGUCUGGUGUGACAUGGGCGAGAAAGAGGUCGACGAAGGCGGAUGGACUGUUGUCCUUCUUCGGCGACCUCUCAGUACCCAGGUGAACUUCAACAGAGGAUGGCGCGAUUACAGAAUUGGAUUUGGCAGCCCAGACACUGAAUACUGGAUAGGUAACGACGUGCUCCACGCCCUCACGAACAGAGCAACCCAAGUGCUCCGGGUGGACAUGACCGACUGGGACGGGGAUUCCCGGUACCAAGAGUACAGCUCCUUCCACGUCGCCGACAGAGAUCACGAGUACAGCCUCCGAGUGGGGACGGGAACCGGGACUGCUGGAGAUGCCCUUAAACAUCACGAUAACAUGCUCUUCUCCACUCCCGACAGAGAUAACGAUAUUGAAAGAUCUCGUAACUGCGCAGCUGUAUACAGCUGUGGUUUCUGGUUUACAAACUGUUACAACGUGAGUCCAACGAACCCACUUCUGAGCAAGCAGAAAAACGUGAAGGGGAUAACUUGGAGAACGUUCCACUCUGACUAUACAACGCUGCAAAGCGUCACCUUUAAAGUGAAGCCAGCUAUGUGUUAUAGUGGAUGAUUUCUCUCAGUCAUAAAUCUUAAAAACCCAGUGUCAAUCCAUGCGCAACAAAACUUGUUUAAAAGGACUGUAAAGGGUGACUGAGAGAAAACUUAGAAAACAGAGAAAUUUGCAAAUUGCGAAUAAAUAGUAGUCUACUUGGUGUUCUUCAGCAAGCGACCUUGGUGGCUUCCCUACUCGUUUACAUAACACCUGAGUACUCAAGAUUAUCUAAUAAAUCCAUGAAUGUUCUUGUCUUUCCUCAGCUUACUCAAAGUAACAGGGAAGAAGCCAGGCGGAUGUGGGAAUGCUCAAAUUUAUACAAAGUUUCCUUAAUCUGGGAGAAUUUCAAAAACAAUAAAUGUCUCAUAAUGGACUCCUGCCCCUCCUCUCUCAGACGGUUCUAAAUGGUGAAAUGGGGAGAAGACAUCAUUACAGCCCCUGAAGAGGUCUGUACUAUCUUCAAAAGGCACUUCUGUCAAACACCAAUGCCCCAGAAGGCCACUAUUCUUAGUACGACACUCGUGGUCAUGGUCAGGGUCACAAAUCUUCAAAUCUCGAUGUCAUCUGAAAAAUGGCUUCAUUAGUGUAAAUGAAGUUUCUAUCUCAUUACAGCUCAAAAUAUAUUGCGAGAACUGAAGUCGAGUAAUAAAUGC